AUGAGGAUAGGAGGACAUGGUCUUACCACAAGCCAACGUCUUGGAAAUACCGUGCUUCGGCAGUCAACUGAGGAACGAGAUUUGGGUAUUGUCGGCACCAGCAACCUGAAAACUCGUGCACAGACAGACAACGCUUGUGUCUCUGCGUGGAGUAUGUUGGAUGCUAUCCACGGUUCACUUGGUCCGUUACCUCUGAGGGCUGUAAAAUUGCUCUUUACCUCCAACGUACGCUUUCAAUUGGAAUAUGGCGGUCCGGCGGUCUUUCAUUGCAUGGCUUCCGACGUUGCCUAA